GAGGGCGCGCAGGCGCAGUAGCCGGGCGGAAACAGCUCUUGUAGUUUUUACAACUCUUCGAGGCUGGGACUUCUCCGGCUGGUUAAAAAACCCAAAGCUAAGACUUUGGUCUUGCUGUUAGUUGAUCAAGCUACUCGACGUUGGUCUGCCAGAGUGAUGGCGCUCCCUUUCCGGAAAGACUUGGACAAAUACAGGGAACUUGAUGAAGAUGAAAUUUUGGGCAAGUUGACCGAAGAAGAAUUGAAGCAACUGGAAACUGUCCUGGAUGACCUUGAUCCAGAGAAUGCCCUGUUGCCAGCGGGGUUCCGGCAGAAGGACCAGACUUUGAAAAAACCCGGCGGGCCUUUUGACCGAGAAAAGCUUCUCUCGUUUUUGGAGCAACAAGCCCUGGAGCAGAAAGACGUCGAGGAGGUUGUGCCUUACACGGGAGAAAAGAAAGGAAAAGUUUUUAUUCCCAAACAGAAACCAGUACAGUCUUACGUAGAAGAAAAAGUGGCUCUUGAACCAGAACUGGAGGAGGCAUUGACAAGCGCCACUGACACAGAACUGUGUGAUCUGGCAGCCAUCCUGGGAAUGCACAACUUGAUAAGUAGCUCUCAGUUGCAGGAUAUUGUGGGAAGCAGCAACGGUGUCGGCGGUGAAAGUUUCACAAAUGUCGUUAAAGGUGAAAAGGUAAUCCCGGUUUUUGAUGAACCACCAAACCCCACAAAUGUGGAAGAGAGUUUGCAGAGGGUUAAAGAUAACGAUCCUCGCCUUCUUGAAGUAAACCUGAACAAUAUCAAGAACAUCCCCAUUCCGACUCUAAAAGAAUUUGCCAAAGCCCUGGAAACGAACACCUACGUGAAGAGCUUCAGCCUUGCAGCCACUCGGAGCAAUGACCCCGUGGCCAUUGCUUUUGCGGACAUGCUGAGGGCGAACCAGACACUGAAGAGCCUCAACGUUGAAUCCAACUUCAUCACCGGCACAGGCAUUUUGGCCUUAAUAGAGGCACUGAGAGAAAACGAAACCUUGACAGAGAUCAAAAUUGAUAACCAGAGGCAGCAGCUCGGGACACCCGUAGAAAUGGAUAUUGCCAAGAUGCUUGAGGAAAACGCCAAGAUCCUUAAGUUUGGGUAUCACUUCAUGCAGCAAGGACCCCGUACCAGAGCAGCCGCCGCGAUCACGAAGAACAACGAUUUAGUUCGCAAGCGGAGAGUGGAAGGCGACCAUCCAUAAACCCUCCGGCCGUCAGUCAGAAGAGGAGAGAUUCUGGACCUCCGUAAAGGGCACCCACUUCUUCACCUGGGGUUCAGCCACCCCAAGAUUUCUUCUUACUUGCAUAGAAGGGAAAAGACUGGAAUUAGCGUUCCUCUUUUUUGUUCAUACGGUUGAGCGUGUAAAUAUAUAAAUAUAUAUAUGUAUCUUCCUCUAUAUAUAUAUUUGAUAAAGUUAUAUUACCAGC